AUGUCCUCACCCGUCAAACGAUCUCGGUCCCUGAAGAAGCCGACACUGGCACCGGCAACCAACCCGCCAGCCAAGCCCUUGGCCAAUUCCUCCAACUCCGCCCGCGGCACCUCGCCCAGCCGCCUGCCAGUCAAACCUCCGCCCCGGCCAACGUCCCUCAUCGUCAACGGCUCGUCGUCGGCGUCGUCAUCGUCAUCGAGAGCCUUGUCACUCGCGCCGACGACCUCGGGGAACGGUGGCGCGAGGGGCCCGCGGCCGGCGGUCCCGGCUGCGCCAGGCCGCUCGACGUCCGUCUCCAGAAAGCACGACGGCACUGCCUCGGCCCCAGGACCCAAGAAGGAGACGACGGGCCGCCACCCGCCUCCGCGCGGUGCAAACAGGCCCCCCGCGCAGGUCAGGCCGCGUCCCUCGUCCGCGGCGAGCGAAGGCGCCAGCCGGGGCGAGAGCAAGAGGGCCGCCUCGUCGCACGUGCGCUCUAGGAGCACAUUGACAUGCCUGACCGCCGCGACGUCGCUGAGACGGCAGUCGGGCGAUGAUUGCGCGGCUGGCCGGCAUGCGGCUCCCGCCACGGCCGAGGUCGACGGCGCCAGCGGCGCCCGCAGCGCCAGACAUGGUGGGCUUUUGCGUAGCGCGUCUGCCGCCGACAAGGGCUCGCCCGCGCCGUUCAAGCCGGCCGCCGACGUGCAUCAUCUAACCGUCGCCGCGGCUUCCGCAGGCCCCGCCAAAAACCCUCAGCAGGGACACCCUCGGCAGGGACACCCUCGGCUACGACCUGCGUUUUCCACCCUGAGCAAGCACUACUCGCCGGUCAAGUCGCAGGCGCCCAAGCCGCUCACGUCGGCGAUUCUCGCGCCGCCAUCCCCCUCCAAGCUGCCCGCCAACAUGGCCGCGUCCGCCGAGACGAGCAGGCUGCAGGCAGAGCUCCUCCAGCUGCACCUCCUCCACAGAGACUAUCCCGCCACCAGGGCGCAAUGGCAGGCCAGUGCGAAAGACAAGCUCAGGGAGCGGUUCGGCAAGGUAAGCCAGGAGAGCAGGAGCGCCGCGGGCCGGGAGUCGGCCGCCGCGGAGGGGGACAACAUCCUCGCCCUCAGACGCUGGGCGUGCCGCGGCGCGGGAAUCGAAGACAAGGUCCAGGCCUUGGAUGAGAUCAUGACGGGCCUGUGGACGCUGAGCGAGCCCGCCGGUCGGUAUGCCAGGAUCGUGCGACGUUUUGAGCGGUGGGCCCACCACGUGUCCGAUGCCGAGGAAGCUCGACGCCACGCCGACAAGAUGCUCGUCCACCGUCACGAUUCCCUGUUCCUCGGGGAGGUAGACGGCGCGUGGGGGGAAGAGCGUGCCAGCGUGCUCCGCAAGUUGGAGGCUUGGCGGUGCCGACUUUCCGACAUUGACGACCUCGCUGCUUCGGAGGAGCGUGGCGCGGCGAACCGCCCUGCGGCGCAACCGUCCAGUCUGGAAAGGAUGCUUCGAGGGGCCGGGGAACUGGUGCACGGCAUGUUGGCUGAGCUGCAUGCCAUGGAGGAGAUUGAGCAGCAAGCCCUGGCGAGGGAGGAGGAGUGGAUUGCGAGCAUGAUUCGGGAUGGUGACGACGGCUUUGACGCCCCAAAGGCUGGUGCCAUUUGGCGAGCUGCCUAG